CUAAAUCUUUCUCAACAUGCGUGCCUUUAAAAUGGAGUUCAAGGCGAAACAAAGCAACAUUGAACUCUUAGAAGACCAAAAACCCCAUUUCUCAAGCUGCAAAAAUGUCUAGUAUCUCUAGUAUCUCGUCCAACCGUGUAAUGGAGCCAUGCAACAAAGAUUCUGAAGAGAGCGUUGAUUCCACAAAACAUGUUAAUAAUUCACGCUCAUUUGAUUGUUGCGUCUGUCUUCAACUCUUGACCAUUCCCGUUUUCCAGUGUAAAAAUGGUCAUAUUGUUUGCUCAACUUGCUGUGAUCAACUCGGGAACAAGUGUGACAAAUGCUCGAAACAAAUUAGCUUAACACGUUGUAAAGAAUAUGAAUAUCUAUUGCAAUCUAUCAAGUUGCCAUGUCCGAAUGAAAAAUAUGGUUGCAGGGAGACAAUUCGUUAUCGUUACAGUGGAAUGAGGAAGCAUGGAGAAGAAUGCAUCUAUGUGCCAUGUUAUUGUCCCCUUUCAGGUUGUGAUUUGGUUGCCUCAUUAGAAGUGUUGUCCAACCAUUUCAACUGUGAACACUGCGAUUCUCUAAUCGAAUUUUCUUAUGAUCACCCCUUCAUUGUCUCCUUGAAGUCUAAUGACGUAACCGUGGUUCUCCAAGAGGAACACGAUGGCAGACUAUUUACGCUCAAUAAUAGUACUAUCACGAGGAUGGGGAAUGCAGUCAAUAUUAGCUGCAUCGAUACUGACUCUUCUUCUGCGUCUGGAUAUAGUUAUGAUAUAUCAGCUAAGUCUAAGUUUGGCAAUCUGCUGAAGUUACAUUCUUUUCCUAAGAAUGUCCAACAGGCUACUUCACCAAUUCAUUCAUCACCGUUCCUUCUGAUUCCAUUUGGUUAUUUUGGUUCUUCUGAACCUCUCAAGCUAGAAAUUUGCAUAACCCCCAAGUGAGCCGUAAUAAAUAUCGCAAGUGGUUAUUGUUUUCUUUCUAUGGCGAUUGCGUUUCCCAGUACACAAGCAACGCCUGUACUUUCAGAAUCAGCAACUAGAUGACCACCAGUUCUUGGCCAAAUACAACAUCCAAGAGAUGGAAAUUCUUCACCUCAUCCUCCGCCUCUCCUAGAAGUAGAGAUCAGACUAUUAAUAACAAGUCUUCAACUUUUGAACCUCAUGUUUAAGAAUUCGACUUGUGCUUUUUGCUUGAGCUGUGUAACGAUCUUUUGCUGGGUAUGAUUUCUGCAUUUGAAGAAACAGAUUCAGGUGACAACAUUAGCUGGAAUUGUUGUAGACUUCUGUUGCAGAUAGAUGCAAUUGCUUUUGUAGUAUAGUGUUAAUAUUGCAGAUAAAUGCAAUGGCUUUUGUAGUAUAGUGUUAAUAUUGCAGAUAGAUGUAAUGAUUCCUGUGGUAUAGUGUUAAUAUUGCAGAUAGAUGUAAUGAUUCCUGUGGUAUAGUGUUAAUAUUGCAGAUAGUGAUGUAAUGUAAUGACUCCUGUGGUAUAGUGUUAAUAUUGCAGAUAGAUGUAAUGACUCCCGUGGUAUAGUGUUAAUAUUGCAUAGAUGUAAUGAUUCAUGUAGUACAAGUAUGUCCUGAUCUAUAAGAUUGAAGUAAUUUGAAUCCACUCCCUAUGCUUAAAGAAAAGUGGUGAAUGUAAAAGAGUUAUGUAUGAUUCUGUCUAAGACAAUUUU